UCAGGGUUGAGAUUUGCAGAUCUCCAUCCAUCCAUUCAUCCAUCUUCUACUGCUUACUCCUUUUCAGGGUCACGGGGAACCUGGAGCCUAUCCCAGGCAGCAUCGGGCACAAGGCGGGGUAUUUGCAGAUCUUUCUUCAUCAAUAAGUGAGCAUCACGCUCCACCAAUCUUCAUCCCCGAUACUCCUGUUCUUAUCGGGGUUUGGGACCGAGCAAAACAAACUCUUCCACCAUUUCUGGAAAUUCGGAAGUCUGAAAGUCCAGAUGCAGGUGUGUGAGUGUUUAAUAUGGGGGGACCGGUUCCAGUAGUUGUGCACGUUGGGCCAUAUGAGGGCAAGCUGGUGAACCGAGAGGUAGCCAUGAACAGCGGUUACUCCUGGGUGGUAAUUAUGUGUCGUAACUACUGUAAACAUUCUCUUGUGUUUUCCACAGGAGCAGCUAUUGUUCAUUCAUUUAUCUUCAAUAACGGAGUUUUUUUUCAGUUUUUGUCUCUGUCUGCGUCCAAAACCAUAACUUAUCAGUUUAUUUAUAACUUAUCAGUGAAGUAGCAGUCUAGACUGAACACUUACUGCCGAACAAUCCAGCUGAUUCCAGGGUCACUGCUAUCUACUGAACGUUCAAACAACGCGUUCAUUGUGUAACUGGCGCGAUGCAGCAUCUUAAAAGAAUAUUGGACGCGUAUGUUGUUUUACAGUCCACGUUUGUGCUGUCGUGCUAUUUCACCGAGUCGGAGCCCGGGCCUGGUGCGGGGAAUGGAGACUGCUUCAAGAUCGAGGGCCGUGUGGUUGUCUCGGGUGUGAAAGAGCAGGACUGGGUCUCUUCAGCCCAGGUCCUGGUAGAGGGAGGCGAGUAUAUCGGAUUUCUCAGGACCGAUGGGAGUUUCGCUGUGCAUGAUGUUCCAUCUGGAUCGUACGUAGUUGAAAUCAUAUCUCCAUCUUACAAAUUCGAGCCAGCCCGAGUGGACAUCACCUCUAAAGGGAAAAUGAGAGCCCGCUUGGUGAACUACAUCAAGAUCUUGGUGGUCUCGAAGGUAAUCCAACAGCCGUACCCCCUCCAGAUGAGAGCCAGUGGACCUCAUUCGUACUUCAUGAAGCGAGAGACAUGGGGGUGGACUGAUCUCCUCAUGAAUCUGAUGGUCAUGAUGAUGGUCCUUCCCUUACUAAUCAUCGUUCUGCUCCCAAAAGUGGUCAAUACCAAUGACCCUGAAAUGAGAAGGGAGAUGGAGCAGUCCAUGAACAUGCUGAACCCUAAUCCAGAGUUGCCAGAUGUCUCAGAAUUCAUGACCAAGCUCUUCUCUAAGGGAACCAGCAAACUCGGGGGAAGCAAUAAAAGCAGCAGGAACACAGCACUGAAAAGAAGGUAGUGCUGCUAACAGAAACUGAGGGUUUUUUUGUUUUGUUUUUUUUUUGUGUAGAAUUGUUUUGUGGCCUGUUUUUUCAUUGUUAUUUUUCAUUUGUCACAAUAAAACUAACUAACUGUAAUGGAUAAUAAGCUUGAGUUUGACUUGGCAGGGCUGUAUAUUAUGUUCACUGUAUAUUAUGUUCAGGACUGUGUAUUAUGUUUUUCUUUCUUUUUUUAAUUGGAUGCUAUAUCACCACAUGUGAUGUUUUAAUAGAUCUACAUGUAAACCUUUAACAUCAUGUAUAAAAGCACCAGUAGUUCUAUUCAUGGUUAGUUGGGCCAAGAUCAUCAGAAGGGUAAUGUAUGCUUUUAUUGCUGCUGCGGCUGAGAUUUCUAAAAACGGAUCCUCUUCAGGGUUGAGGCUGGUUGAAAUGUCAUUGUACCCCAACCCAGUUUCCACAAGUACUUGAAACAGAGCUUUUACUUUGAAAUAGUUGAUAAUAUUGUGACGAGUUUGUACAUGACUGUGAAUGAAGAUGAUGAAUGCCUAAAAUUUUAGCAAAGAAAUAUAAACCUAUUUAAACUGAAUGCUAAUAAACUGUAAUGGAUGUUUAAAAAAAAAAAAAAAAGAA